AGAGAGAGGCUUGGCCACGGAGGGAGGCGCCUCUCCGUCUUUUAUCGUCUUUGAAGAGUUUGUUCUCUCGCUUUUAGAAGAGGACAUACCCGUGAGAAAGUCAGUUGCUAGAGAAUUAUGCUGCUUUAAAGAAGCGCGUGUGGAUUUUACCCGCGAAGAUAACGCUCAGCUGCCUACGAGAAGAGCGAGGUUGUAAGGAUUUGGAUCGCUCAAGCGCUCAAGUAGUCCAUCAGGGAACGCACGGUGUGAGUUUGGUGGUAGCCGAGGAGUCGGAUCAGAGCAAUGCCUGCCAUGCCAUCAGUCACCGAUGCACCUUGUCACAGGAAACGCUGGCAGGUGCUUGUAUGGGUUGUCAUGUCUCUGCUGCCCCUAGUGGCAGGAGGCAGGUCACGUUUUCGGGCAGAAUCCGAAGCUGCGGUAGGAUUUGCUGGGAUGGAGGAGCUGCCAUUAGAGGCUUUUCCAGAUGCUCAGGAAGAGCUUGAGGAGGGCAGUGACUCCCCAUGGGACGGUUUGUUUGAGCCAUCUGUGCUUGUCGAGGAUGACCAACAGCCAGCAAUAUGGGAACGUUCCCCCCGCUCACCGGACACUUCUGACAUACAGACCAAAGGUGCACGCAAGAAAAAGAAGAAAAAAGAGAAGGAAGAAAAGAAAAAGAAAGAGAAGAGCAGCAGGGGUCAGCAUAGCAGCCGGGACUGUCGUGUAGAGAAACGUGAAAUGCGUGUACGGGACCUGGGCAUGGGCUUCGACUCAGACGAGAUUGUCCUUUUCAAGUUCUGUGUCGGGUCCUGCCAGAGGUCUCGUGGGAACUAUGACUUGGCUCUGCGCGCUCUUCUGGCCAACGGUAGUCUGCCCAAGCGCACCGCCAGGAAGGUUAGCGCACACCCCUGCUGCCGGCCCACGGGCUAUGAACCCGUCUCUUUCAUGGAUGCUACCACAACCUGGAGAACCAUCAAGUCCCUCUCUGCAGCAGACUGUGAGUGCGUGGGAUGAGGCAAGCUGAAUGAGGGGAGGGAGAGCCUGACCUGCAGAAACGGUGCAAAGAGAGGAAAGGAGGAAUCGGGAAGCCUCCUGGGCCAUGGCUACAGAACGAGGUCGGGCGAGUUGGCCAUGGUGAAGCGCUGUGAGGGAAUUUGGUUUGGCUGUGAGUGAUACACAACAAGAGCCUAUGUAUACAAAGUUUCAUCACACCAAACCUCGACAGAAAGCUUGAAUGACGUUAGAAUACGAUUCGACCAAUUCCAAGACCAAGAGAUGAUGAGAGACUCUUUGGGCUCAAUAUGGAGAGAGUUUGAGGAUGGAAGAACAGCAACUUUGGUUUGAAUGGCUCUAUAAACAAAAACUACAUGUUAUAACUCGACGAGCAUUUGCUUACCAGGAGUUUCAUCAGACUUGGAUACAGCGCGAAACCCUGUUUCAUUUGUCAGACUCAUUUGUUGAUCCUGGAUGUCAGUGCCCAUUUUCCUGGCCUUCAGUCUGGCAUGUAAUAUUUCAGCCAGAUUAGCAACAUUUGGAUCAUUCAUUAUUAACAGCACAUUAUUGUGGUAAUUACAAUGUAAUUGCACAAACAUAUGUGGAGUAUUAUUAAAAGUUUAGCCCAACAGAAAACACGCAGGCCAGUUAGUAUUCCCCUUUCAGCUGGAAGCGCUGAAGGUUGAUUGUAUUUGCAGUAGGUUUUUCAUUUCUCAGGAUUUUUACAUGAAUGAUAUGAACUAUUUUUCUAGCUUACAUUUUUAAUCCUUUUUAAUACCAUAA